AGUUUUAAAUUUUUAGGUGCCAAUUUGUUGUUGCUAUAGACGUUGACCCUCAAAAAGUUGUAAUGGCUUUCAAUAAUGCAAGUAUAUAUGGAGUGGAAGAUUAUAUUGAUUUUAUUAUUGGAGACUUUUUCCAACUUGCUCCUUACUUGAAGGGGGAUGUAGUAUUUGUUUCACCACCAUGGGGGGGUCCAUCAUAUAAAACAAUCCAGAGUUUCACCAUGGAUUUACUGAAGCCAAAAGAUGGAUACUCAAUAUUUCAAGCUGCUCAGAGGAUAACGCCUGAUGUCAUUAUGUUUUUACCUCGGAAUGUGAACCUAAACCAAGUUGAGGAGCUUUCAUGGUUGUCUUCUCCUCCUUUGAUGCUUGAGAUAGAAGAAAACUACUUGGCAGGCUAUUUUAAGGGAAUAACUGUCUACUUUGGUUCUUCUGCACACAGGAUAAAUCAGUUAAGUCCCCAUGAUUCACUGGAAAUUCAUGACUCCAUGUCUAAUGACAAAGCAACUCCAGAGUCGAAACCUGAUCCUGUUGAAGUUGAGGCACCAUCCCAAAGAUUGGUUACUUCAAUUUUGACAUACGUAACCUCUUCAUGGUUUUGUUGACCAUUUGAAUGGUUUUUGUGAAAGACGAAUCUGUUCUAACUCUGCAGCAACUUCUAUCAUCUUUGGCCGCUUUCUACCACUCAAGCUCAAGCAUCAAUAUGCAAGUUUGGCAACCUUUCUUAUAUCUUCAUGUACAGAACUCUCCCUUAAUUGAGAUCAAGAAUAUUAAAGAGACUAUUCUCAU